UUGAAAGUCCCGUACUGAAACCAAAUAAUGCGCUUCUAAUUCAAGAGGAUGGCUAAUAGUUUGUUGAGAUUUGACGCUCAUAGCAUUUUAAAUUCAUUUGGACAUAGUACGACGUCGCUGUUCUAGGUAAAUAAUUCUUCUAGUUGGACUGUUCUGUUAUGAACCCCUUAUCACAGCAACAUAGUGUAGCUAGUAUUGGAAGCUUGUUGGGCAAUUUGCCUUUACAAGGAGAUUCAAGUUUACAACAAAAAACUCCACUUAUCCCUGGGGGUUCAGUCAAUCUUAACUUACAUGCAUCUGACAAUGCCGCCAGUAUUCCAGGCAGAACACCUUGUACUCCGCUCACUUUAUCCACUCCGUUGCAAGACCGAGAUGGUGCAAUCCCGGUACCCCAAUUACAGAAUAUUGUAUGUACCGUAUAUUUAGGAUGUAAAUUAAAUUUGAAGAAUAUAGCACUUAGUGCUCGAAAUGCUGAAUAUAAUCCAAAACGUUUUGCUGCAGUUAUAAUGCGUAUACGUGAACCUCGAACAACUGCUUUGAUUUUUUCUUCUGGUAAAAUGGUAUGUACAGGUGCAAAAAGUGAAGAGCAAGCAAGACUAGCUGCAAGAAAAUAUGCUCGUAUUAUUCAAAGGCUUGGAUUUGAAGCUCAUUUCAAAGAGUUCAAAAUUCAAAAUAUGGUUGGUUCAUGUGAUGUCCGCUUUCAUAUACGUCUUGAAGGUUUAGUAUUGUCACAAGGUCAAUUUGCAACGUGGUCUAAACUGCAAUACUGAAAACGUCUCAGUUGCUAAAGUACUUGAACAACAGAAACGGUUGAUAUUGGCGGCAGUUAAGUUUUAGGUUAAAACAAUUUCUGUAUUGGUAUUAAUUUAACUAUCCUGUUGCGGGCGAGCAAGUGACUACUCGGUACGUUUCAUCUGCCCACUUUACUUCAUCUAGAAAAGAAUCUUAAGUGAAGAGUCAACCUAGUAUUGUCAAGUUAAAUUGAUAUAAAGCGUGAUUCUGUUCAUAGUCCUGACGACUGUUGUAAUUUUUCGCGAGUCACUAUCAGUCCGUACGUUAUUCCGGAGGCCUUUACCUCUAGGACUCACUGCAAUUAGCUGCUUACGUUCUACUUCGCUUUUAUUCGACGGAACAAUGUAUAAAAACUAAAAUCACAAAGUGUGCUUAAUCCUAAUGUUACUACUUUCUAACUGCUUGCCACAGUAAAAAGGUUUCCUAAACAAAUCACAAAUAUCAAGUUGUUAAUUCCUUUAUCUAAACGCAUUAUUCUUUCCUUGUGUUCUUUAUUAGUUUAUUUAAUUCGUAAAACCUACUACAACUAGGCACGAGAAAUGGUUUGCACUACAUAAUAUAGAGAUAACUUAGUGAAGAAAUGUGUUAAGGGGAAUGCUAACAAAAAAAUCAGUAGACAAUAAUGGGAGAUAUAAUUUGGUUGAAAUUACAAUCAGAAGACUUCUUUCUGUUAGCGAAGCUCAUCUCACUCUUUUAAGAAAUUCAAAAGAAAACCACAUCACGAUCUCUACUGACUCGUAUUUCAAAAUGUCUGGUAACUCUUCAAGUUAUUAAUAUGCACCAUCUCUAGGGCCUAAACCAAAGAGGGAAUCAUACUGGAUCGAUAGAUGCACUCACAUUUCUUCGGUACUACUAACAAUAGCUAGUUCAAUCAAAUGGAAGUAUAAUGUUCUCGGGUUUAACGUGUAUAUGGUAACUCGCAUUAAUGUUUUAUCCACCAUUAUCAAAUGUCCUGAAGUAGUUUAUGUCAUGUUUGUCUUUGUAGUGAAUCAAUACAGUACAUUUCGAUCAUAUCUCAUAUGGAUUGUUCUUUUCUAAUUUUAGAUAUGAGCCAGAAUUAUUCCCUGGGUUAAUUUAUCGUAUGACUAAACCAAAGAUAGUCUUAUUAGUCUUUGUUUCUGGGAAAAUUGUUUUAACAGGAGCAAAGGUUCGUGAAGAAAUUUAUGAAGCUUUUAAUAACAUUUAUCCAAUUUUGAAAAAUUUUAAAAAAUCUGACAAAGAUCCUAGAGCUCUCACAUCAUCAUCAAAUUAUAUGCACCCAUUAACUUGAACUAAAUAUAAAUGAUCGGUUGCUUUUCGCCAGGAUGUUUUUUUUUUCUUAUUAUCUUUCUUACUAAGAUUUAAAAUAAACCAACAUCGUAAGAUACUUUUUUUCUCAGCUUUUACCAAUUGAAUUAGUCAUGCUAACAGUAUUAAAAACUAACUCUAUGAAACAACAAACUGUAUAUUUUUUCGAAAUCCAUGGUUUCUUUGAACAUUCUACAUAUGAAGAUUUUCUGUGCGUUUCUCAUUAUUUUUCCAAGUGUUUCUUUAUUAUCUGUUGACAUUUAAUUUUUGACGUCAAUAGUUUUUGAGUAUUGUAUUUGCUGUCAUUGUGUAUAUUAUUAAAAUUAGUGGUAUUAUUACUA